CCUCUGUGCCAUUGUGCUCCGUCCUCCGUCACACCUCUCUGGUGCUAUGGUGGCUCCUCGCUGGCAUGAAAAACGGAACCGGAAAUUUACCCUGUCGCCAUCUUCGUUUCUAAUGGCGGCUUGAUCCUCACAGUGACUCUAGUUGUAGUGUCGCUUGUAACUUUAUGGGUUUUCGGGCAUGUCUCUAGUGGCAUACGGUGACAGUUCGGACGAAGAUGCCACCUCGGACCCCGUGUCUGGUGGAUCGUCUAAUUUGGGCAACCUGUUAGCGAAAUUGCCGUCACCAGCGGAUGACUGUUCUCUGCAUGGUAUCGCCGUGCGACAUUCAUCCAAGAGCAAGCGAACCAAAAUCCUCAUACCUUCGUUGAAUGAUUUUGGCGACGAUGAUGAAGAGGAAAGCAGAAGCAGCUCCAAGAAAUUCAAGCCGUCCCAGACGGGAUCUGGCCUUGUCCAACUCCUUCCGGCACCACAGAACUCGGUGCUUUGCUCUACCCAGUUGAUGCCUCAUGUCCUCAAGAAGGCUGCAACGAAAUCCACAAGUGGACGGCCGACAAUUACCCAACACGAUGAAGAUGAUGAUGACAUACCUUCAACAUUCUUCUCGUUCAGUGAACCACCACAGAUACCCAAGAAUGUUGAGGAGACGUCUUCCAUAGGGGAUGAUGAUGUUCAGGAAGAAACAAGCAAGAAAGGAAAAAUUGUCUGGUCUGAGCCUAACGAGCCAGGAACCAUUGCACAUGAUGUUAUGCUGGAUGAUGGAGCGCUGGUGCGUCUGAGGGGUCGUCGGAACGAAGAGAUCCACAUCAUUGACGUGAGCGCGGCGGAUCAAAUGGACAAGACCCAGGUCCUGGUGAAGGGCCUGACAGAACAGCAGACGUACCAGAGUCCCAAAGACAACAAUGACUUCCACACCACUCAGAUGCAUCGUCGCAAACAUCAGAUCACCUACUUGGCUCAACAGGCCAAAGAACGUGAACAAGAACUGAAGAACAUGUGGGCGCAGAACCGAAUGACUCGGAAGCAGACACAAGCCAAGUAUGGAUUUUAGCUGUCCCGAGGAAGUGUGCAAAUUGAAAAGACAUUUCCGCUAAGCAGUCAAGGUGGAACAUGUGCAGAAAGUGAUAGCGUUUGUGGGUAUCAGCACUCCUAAACAUUUUUUUCAUUAGGGUUGCACAAGCAACCAUAUGUUGUCAUUUUUAAUGUAGCCUCUUUUUGCAAGCAGUAUUACCAACUAUUUACACCAGAUAUUAACGAGAAGCAAACGAUUAUAUAGUUAUUCUUGCACAUAACUUUUCUUACAAAAGCACAUUCAACAUACGAGGUUAGACAAUUUCCUUUUCUUUUGCCGUAGAAAAAAGCUUGAAAGUAUAAAAGGAUUUCAAAGGCCAUGAGGUGUUCUUUUUUUCCACAAAACUAUCGUGCACCUCUCUAAGUGGCUUUUUUUUUUUUUUGCCCUCUCAAAGUGUCAGCAACCUGCACUAAAAUUAAUAAAAUCUGCUACACUACCGAUGCUGAACAUACACAAUGAACUUGUAACCAUUUGCCAGCCCUUCUAAGUUGGAUUUAACUUGCAAGAGGAACAAGUUAUUUUACAAAGAUUUUGGAUGUCUCCUAUCAUUAUCACAUAAUAAACAGCAGAUAUUUGAAACCUA